GACUACCAGUGACACUCGGUAGUUCAUCGCCUGGCGACACUGCUUUUUCUCGUGUAACUUUUUAGUGAUUAUAUUAUUAGUGGAAAUGUCUGAGGAGAACCCCAGCAAUAAUGUAGAAAUUAAGGAUGAGAAGCAUCCCAAAGCUGAGGAGUACAAGAAUCAAGCAAAUUCCUUCUUUAACAAGAAGGAGUACGACAAGGCCAUUGAGUGGUACACUGAAGCAAUUAAAUUAGACCCUGAGAAUGCCGUAUACUUUGCCAACCGAAGUCUGGCUCACUUGCGGCAGGAGAGCUAUGGCUAUGCCCUCCAGGAUGCCAUUUCAGCCGUCAAGGCGGAUCCCAUCUACAUCAAAGGCUACUACAGAAGGGCGGCGGCUCACAUGUCCUUAGGAAAGUUCAAACAAGCCCUGAGUGACUUUGAGUACGUCGCCAAACGACGACCGCAGGACAAAGAUGCUCAAAUGAAGUUCAAAGAGUGCCAGAAGAUCAUCAAUAAGCAGAAGUUUGAGAGGGCAAUCGCCACAGAGAAGAAGGAAUUGUCACUGGCGCAGAUGUACAGGGAUUUGGAUGGCAUUUCCAUCGAGGAGGAUUACUUGGGCCCCAAGCUGGAGAAUGAGAAGGUGACGGAGAAGUUCAUGCUGGACCUCAUGGAGUUCUACAAAGCGGAGAAGAAACUCCACCGGAAGUACGCGUACAAGAUCCUGUGUGAUGUGGACGAGUAUUUCCGCAAGCAACCAUCCCUGGUGGACAUUAAGGUGCCGGACGCCUCAAAGUUCACCAUCUGCGGUGACAUUCACGGUCAGUUCUUUGACCUGAUGAACAUCUUCAAGAUCAAUGGACUUCCCUCAGCCACGAAUCCCUACCUCUUCAACGGGGACUUCGUGGAUCGGGGCUCUUUCUCAAUCGAGUGCAUCUUCACACUGUUCGGUUUCAAGCUCCUCUACCCGGACCACUUCUUCCUGGCUCGUGGCAAUCACGAGAGUGUCACCAUGAACCAAAUGUACGGCUUCACGGGCGAAGUGAUCGCCAAGUACUCCAGCACAAUGUCGGACAUGUUCACCCAAGUGUACAACUGGCUUCCACUCUGCCACUGCAUCAACGACCGCGUGCUCGUGAUGCACGGCGGCCUCUUCUCGCAGGACAGCGUGUCCCUGGACGACCUGCGCAAGAUCGAGCGCAACCGCCAGCCACCGGACGAGGGCCUCAUGUGUGAGCUCCUGUGGAGCGACCCGCAGCCCCAGAUGGGCCGCGGCCCGUCGAAGCGCGGCGUGGGCAUUCAGUUCGGACCCGACGUCACCGAAGCCUUCUGCCAGUUCAACAAACUCAACUACGUGGUGCGCAGUCACGAGGUAAAGCACCUCGGCUACGAGGAGGCCCACAAUGGAAAAUGCAUUACAGUGUUCUCAGCGCCUAACUACUGUGAUACAAUGGGUAACAUGGGAGCCUUUAUCACAAUCAAGGGAGACGACUUGGAACCUAAAUUUACAACAUAUGAGGCUGUGCCUCAUCCAAAUGUAAAACCAAUGGCAUAUGCAAAUUCGCUGCUGAAUUUGCUGAUGUAGUCAAUAUUACAAUAGCAUGUAAAUAGAUUGGUUUGUACACGAAAUUAGAUAUAUAGAUUGAUAUUUAGGUAAAAAUGGACAGAAGGACAACAGCAACAAUUUUACACCCCAUCCUCGAUAUAAAAGAAGCCCACAUUUUAGUUGCUCAAUACAUUAUAAAAUUUUCAGUUACACAAUUUUCAUAAUUAUAAAGAAAAAAAAACAGAAUAUACUUGAAAUUUUACUGAUAUCU